AUGGCUGAACUCGUUGCCAGCAUCAUCGGCAUCUCAGGUGCCGCACUGAAGUUAAGUAAUGGUCUCUACAGAGUUGCAAUAGCUCUCAAGAAUGCCGGUCAAGACGUUCGAGAUAUAGCUAAUGACACCGCUCAAUUCUCUCGGGCUUUGAAGGAGCUCAGUAACAGCCUUGACUCCGAUACCCCUUCGAUGGCUCGUGCCAGGAGCAUUGCUGGGGAUGUCAUUGCCACUUGUCUCUCCAUCCAGAAAGAUGGCGAGAAACUCUUGAUCGUUUUGAAGCCCCUCAUCGAGCAAAGUCAAGGCUCAACGCCACUCUCAAACAUUAUUCUGAAGAUUCGAUGGCUCUUCGAGAGGUCGAAAUUCGCAUACCAUAGAGAACUAUUAUCAAAUCUCAAAUCGACACUUCAAUUACUUGUUUCGGUCAUUAUUUUGGAAAAAGUGCCAGACAGGAACAUGAUUUCUCAUUUGGUUGAUGAGGUUGUCAAUCUUCGACAUGUCGUCCGAGGUGGAAUGUACCACAUGGAAAACCACCUACAGUCUUCACAGCUCUUGGAAGCAUUCCAACCACAGACAUCACUUUCCGCUCUGACUGGCGCCGGGAGCAUCUUGGCCAUUGAAGGGCUUGAUAGGGUAGAGAGCGAGACUACCACAGGCCAAACUUUCGAUUCAGUUCCCGAUGAUGGGGCUUCUUCCUCGAGCGAUAUGACUGUUCAAGGGCAACAGGAGCCUUCAGAUCUGGCCCAGAGCGCAAGUGAGGAAGGCUCUACCUCUGCAAUUGGUGCAGUAGGGCCAUUGGCUCUUCUCCCUUACUUUCGAGCCUAUCUGGCACAGGAGAGAGUUUGUCAAUACGCCAACGAGGCUCUUGAGUCAGUACAAUACGAUCAGGACGGUAAUCCCAUCGAUAUGCAACGCGACUCGCAGACCAAUCUGAACACGCGAUUCUCAACUUCGUUUGCAAGUAACGACUCUGCGCAGAAGAUUAUUAGGGGAGACACAUCCAUUGCAAAGGAUGGUCCUGCUACAAACAGCCCUGGUAUGGUUGUCGAGAGCCCCUCGCCAGUCCCUAACGCUCCCCAAAUCGUCAGUGGUGAUCUACGUUCUCAUACACGAGCUGCCUCUGCGAUGGACCAGUCACCACCUCUGCGGGAUCCUGGCAUACUUCAGCAGCCCCUCCGGACGGAACAGACUACGCAUUCGCAGAUGUCUUCCGAUGUUCCACGCGUAUCCCCCUCAGAUCCCACACCUCCUGUACCGCACACCGGGAUGGAUAGCAUCAAAAACUCUACGCACUAUAUAGCUGAGCCUCCAGCAUCACAGACUCUCGAGAUUUCAUCUACAAGUGUAAAUGCUCCAGAGCCCCAGCCUAAGGAAACAGAAGAAGCCGGGACGCAUUUAGACCUCGAUCCUGACGUCGUGAUGUUCGUAACACAUGACGGCGAAGAGAUUUCAAUACCUUUCUCGAAGUGUCGCAGUUACGAUGCCAUAACUUUGUGA